AUGAGGUCUAUGAUACUAAAAUAUAAUCCCGAGACCACGUCGACCGAUUUUGACGAAGCCGACCGCCUUUAUUUCGAAGAGUUGAGCUAUGAGCGUGUGAUGGAUAUCUACGGGCUCGAGAACGCCAGCGGUGUGGUGGUGUCUGUCGGUGGCCAGCUUCCCCAAAACAUUGCCCUUCGUCUCCAGGAGACUGGCAAGGCCAACGUUCUCGGAACCGACCCCCGUGACAUCGACAAGGCUGAGGACAGACAGAAGUUCUCCGAGAUCCUCGACUCCAUCGGAGUUGACCAGCCCGCCUGGAAGGAGUUGACCUCCGUCGAGGCUGCCGAGAAGUUUGCCCAGGAGGUCGGCUACCCUGUCCUUGUUCGUCCCAGUUACGUCCUUUCUGGUGCUGCUAUGACUGUCAUUCGCAGCCAGGAGGACCUCAAGGACAAGCUUGAGGCUGCUUCCAACGUCUCCCCUGACCACCCCGUCGUCAUCAGCAAGUUCAUCGAGGGUGCUCAGGAGAUUGAUGUUGAUGGUGUUGCCUCCAAGGGUGAGCUGAUCAUCCACGCCGUCAGUGAGCACGUCGAGCAGGCUGGUGUCCACUCUGGUGAUGCCACCCUCGUCCUCCCUCCUGCCAACUUGGACCAGGACACCAUGGACCGUGUCAAGGAGAUUGCGCAGAAGGUCGCCAAGGCCUGGAACAUCACCGGUCCCUUCAACAUGCAGAUCAUUCGCGCUGAGGAUCCCGAGGGAGGUGUGCCCGCCCUCAAGGUCAUCGAGUGCAACCUCCGUGCCUCUCGUUCUUUCCCCUUCGUCAGCAAGGUCCUCGGCACCAACUUCAUUGACGUUGCCACCAAGGCCCUUGUCGGCAAGGACGUUCCCCAGCCCACCGACCUCAUGGCUGUCAAGCGUGACUACUUGGCCACCAAGGUUCCCCAGUUCUCCUGGACCCGUCUCGCUGGCGCCGACCCCUUCCUUGGCGUCGAGAUGGCUUCCACCGGUGAGAUGGCCUGCUUCGGCAAGAACCUCGUUGAGGCCUACUGGGCUUCUCUCCAGUCCGCCAUGAACUUCCGCGUCCCUGAGCCUGGUGAGGGUAUCCUCUUUGGUGGUGAGCUGAGCAAGAACUGGCUUGCCACCGUUGUGGACUACCUUGCUCCUCUUGGCUACAAGCUUUAUGCUGCCGAUGUCGAGGUCAAGGAGUACCUCGAGACCAAGUCCAAGCACAAGAUCAAUGUUGAGGUCAUCGAGUUCCCCAAGGAGGACAAGCGCGCCCUCCGUGAGGUGUUCAAGAAGUACGACAUUCGCGGUGUCUUCAACCUUGCCCAGGCCCGUGGCAAGACUGUCAUGGAUGUCGACUACGUCAUGCGCCGCAACGCCGUCGACUUUGGCGUGCCAUUGUUCAUGGAGCCUCAGACCGCUAUGCUCUUCGCCCAGUGCAUGAGUGAGAAGCUGCCCAGGCCCGAGGGUAUCCCCUCUGAGGUCCGCAGGUGGUCCGACUUCAUUGGUGGCAAGCCUUUGUGA